AUAUCUUCUCCAAACCCCGGAGCACCUAGCAAGGUAAACGGCUUCAGCAACACUGGAACUUAGGUCAUCACAGUGUUAUUAUAUGAUUUUCAAUUCAGUGCCGUUUACCACCAUUUGAAACUGGAUUCUGUCAUAUUUGUUCGCAUCAAUUAACAGAAGUAGUCUUCAUAAGUUUCAUUCAUCAACAAAAUCACGGCGAGGAUGACUGACACGGAGAUAGAGGGUCCGGGGAGACACAGGAACGGUGAUGUGCUCGCAGAAUCGGCGACAAAAAGAGAUGAUGUGUUUGAUGAAACGUACAAAGAGAAAGAAGGUCCUAAACCUUCAAUGAUAAUCGUGUGGAGAAAUAUCAUAUUGAUGACUUUAUUGCACAUUGGAGCCGUGUACGGCAUCACCCUCGUCCCAUCUGCUCAUGUUUUGACCUGGGCUUGGUUUGUGUUUUGCUUUUUAACAAGUGCUUUAGGAGUGACUGCGGGGGCUCACCGGCUAUGGAGCCACAGGUCCUACAAGGCCUCGUUACCUCUCAGAAUCUUCCUUGCCACUGCCAACUCCAUGGCCUUUCAGAAUGACAUAUUUGAAUGGGCUCGGGACCACAGAGUUCACCACAAGUUUUCAGAGACCGAUGCCGAUCCGCACAACGCCGUCCGAGGGUUCUUCUUCGCCCACAUCGGUUGGCUCCUGGUGCGUAAACACCCAGACGUCAUUGAGAAGGGGAAGAAGCUGGAGCUCAGUGACUUGAAGGCUGACAAGGUCGUCAUGUUCCAGAGGAAGUAUUACAAGAUGUCAGUGGUGCUGAUGUGCUUCUCCAUCCCCAUGUUUGUUCCUUGGUGCCUGUGGGGAGAGAGCCUGUGGCUGGGCUACUUCGUGCCGGGUCUGCUGAGGUACACCCUGGUACUGAACGCUACCUGGCUGGUCAACAGUGCUGCCCACAUGUGGGGAAACCGGCCCUACGACACCAACAUCAACCCCAGAGAGAACAAGUUUGUCACCCUUAGUGCCAUAGGUGAGGGGUUCCAUAACUAUCACCACACCUUCCCAUAUGAUUAUGCAUCAAGUGAGUUUGGCUGCAAACUGAACCUGACCACCUGUUUCAUCGACUUCAUGUGUUUCCUCGGCCUGGCAAAGGACCGCAAGAGAGUGUCCACUGAAAUAGUGCUGGCCCGGGCUCAGCGCACUGGGGACGGAAGCACCCGGAACCGGAGUGGCUAGGAGGUUGUCCCCAAUCUCAAAAAAGCUCCAAAACAAAAACCGAUGUAAAAAAUAAUAAAAAGAAAUACAUAUAUAUAAAACCGACAAAAGUUUAGUUUGCAGUGUAAUUUUGAGAGAUGCUUCUCUAUCUUGUAGCUACAGUCACAGCUUCACUCUUCUCCUUUGUGAGCUUUUUACAGAUUUCCUAAAGAGUUCUUAAAGAUUCAUGUUAGCUUUUAAAAUAAGGACUUUAAUCACCUUACGUUUUACUGUUUCAUUUCUUCUUCGCUGCAGCAAAUAGUCUGUUGUGUGAAAUGGUCCAAAUCUGUCUGUUGCCAAAGCUGGUAUGCUGCCAUUGGUCGAGCCUCCCUCAGUAGGCUGGAGGAGGUGUUCAUGAGCUGUGAAUUCUUCUUCUGCUGCAAUGUUACAUUGAUGUUGCCUAGGCAAUCAAUCCAGAGUUUCUCUUUAAUACUGCUGUCAAGUAUUAAAGGAGAGAUUGGAAAAAUAAGAAAGCUUUAAAAAAUAAGAAAUAAGAAAAAAAACCAUUUUAAACUUGUUUGUUGUGACACCUUUUAAAUCUCCCGUCUUGAAGUGAAGCUGUCAGUUGUGUCCAUAGCUUUCAUGUAAUGUGGGUCGUGCAACCAACACAGAUACUUUUCUAUUCUCAAAGUAACUGUCCAGUGAAAGUCUCACUUUUAAAAGGUCAUAUUGUGUUUACUCAAACCCAAAUAAUGUUGUGGACUCGUCCUAUACUUGUAUUUGUGGCCAAAGCAAAAACUCCAAUUCAAAGUUAUAUCUCAAACAGACGGUUUAAAAAAGCCUUGCUAUUUCCUCAUAGAGUAUGAAGUGCUGGCCAAUCAGCGGUUUACUCACAUGAAUAUUUUUAAUGACCGGUAGAUACGCCCACACCAUUCCAACACAGAAAAGCUGCUUUUGAACAGACUUCUUUUUUUUUUAAUUGGAAGGGAAACUAAUUCAUAAAAAUCUGGAAGUUACUUUAAUACUCAAUGAUUUACUGGAUAUUAAUGAGGAAUAGAGUCCUGAAAUGUGGAAAACCAUGUUCCAUUUCAUAGAGUAUAUGAGAUGUAUUAGGUUUCAACUGACUUGGUUGUUAUUCAACAUUGUUAGAGUUUACAGCACAGUGUUUAAAUCUUAGUCUUACUUUAUUGAGAGGGGUCGCAGUGGAACUGGAUAAAUGAGAGGGGUCGCAGUGGAACUGGAUAAAUGAGAGGGGUCGCAGUGGAACUGGAUAAAUGAGAGGGGUCGCAGUGGAACUGGAUAAAUGAGAGGGGUCGCAGUGGAACUGGAUAAAUGAGAGGGGUCGCAGUGGAACUGGAUAAAUGAGAGGGGUCGCAGUGGAACUGGAUAAAUGAGAGGGGUCGAGGUGGAACUGGAUAAAUGAGAGGGGUCGAGGUGGAACUGGAUAAAUGAGAGGGGUCGAGGUGGAACUGGAUAAAUGAGAGGGGUCGAGGUGGAACUGGAUAAAUGAGAGGGGUCGAGGUGGAACUGGAUAAAUGAGAGGGGUCGCAGUGGAACUGGAUAAAUGAGAGGGGUCGAGGUGGAACUGGAUAAAUGAGAGGGGUCGAGGUGGAACUGGAUAAAUGAGAGGGGUCGCAGUGGAACUGGAUAAAUGAGAGGGGUCGCAGUGGAACUGGAUAAAUGAGAGGGGUCGCAGUGGAACUGGAUAAAUGAGAGGGGUCACAGUGGAACUGGAUAAAACACAGGCAUGGCGGUACUGUCACAAAAAUAGAUUUUAUACAUCUUAGAAAACAAAAGAAGAAUACACGCUCCCCCUCCCUAGAUUGGCAACCACACAUACAGUAAAACCACAUUUUUUUAUGUGCUGUUUCUUAUAGAAGCAGGGCUGAUUAACCACAUCUGGGGCCCUAGGCAAUAAUAUUUUGAAGCCUCCCCCCCCACUCAUGGCAGUGGAGCAAGACAUUUUUUAAAGCUAACUUCCUGCAAUUGUACACAUUUAGCCAUGGGGCAGAGAUAGCUAAUUUCCCAGUUGGUAAUCCGGCCAUGAAUAUGAAACAGUUCUCUGUCUAUGCCAUGGCCAUUCUACUGUAGGCUGUGUGUACUCUUUUCACAAGCUAUUUGUAGUCUACAGCACUUUUUAAUUGAAUUGACAAAAAGACAACUCAAUAAAAAAUUAUUUGUUGAUACAAGUAAACUAGUAAAAGGUGAAUGUAAAAUGUAGUUGUUAGGAUUAUGGCCAUAAAAUGUACUUCUGAAUCCCUGAAGAGGGACCUGCAGUAUUUCUUUUAACCUUUAUUGAACCAGGCAAGUCAGUUAAGAACACAUUCUUAUUUACAAUGACGGCCUGGGAACAGUGGGUUAACUGGUCUAGGAACAGUGGGUUAACUGGUCUAGGAACAGUGGGUUAACUGGUCUAGGAACAGUGGGUUAACUGGUCUAGGAACAGUGGGUUAACUGGUCUAGGAACAGUGGGUUAACUGGUCUAGGAACAGUGGGUUAACUGGUCUAGGAACAGUGGGUUAACUGGUCUAGGAACAGUGGGUUAACUGGUCUAGGAACAGUGGGUUAACGGGCCUAGGAACAGUGGGUUAACGGGCCUAGGAACAGUGGGUCUAGGAACAGUGGGUUAACUGGUCUAGGAACAGUGGGAUAACUGGUCUAGGAACAGUGGGAUAACUGGUCUAGGAACAGUGGGUUAACUGGUCUAGGAACAGUGGGUUAACUGGUCUAGGAACAGUGGGUUAAAUGCCUUGUUUAAGGGCAGAACGAUAGAUUUUUACCUUGUCAGCUCUGGGAUUUGAUCUAGCAACCUUUCAGUUAGUUACUGGCCCAACGUUCUAACCACUAGGCUACCUGCCCCAGUAUCCCCAGUCUCAUAAUAUUUAACUUAUUGAUAACACGGUUAUAUAAGGAGUUAACCCACAUUUAGUUUAAAACAUUCACCAACUACUUUACGGUACAUUUCUUCCAUACCAUCCUCUCUGCCAUAGCAUGAAAAUGUUAGUUGAUUUUCUCGUAAUAUUUGAUAAUAAAUCUAACUGCUAAAAUAAUACCACUUGAGUAAAUGAGGGAUACAAAGUGUAUUGAAGCAGGUGCUUCUACACAGGUGUGGUUUCCUGAGUUAAUUAAACAAUUAACAUCCCAUAAUGCUUAGGGUCAUGCAUACAAAUGGCUGGGCAGGCCAUUAUUAUGGUUACCAUGGCUACGUCCCCAUAAGAUGACAAUGCCCCCAUCCACAGGGCACGAGUGGUUUGAUAAGCAUGAAAACGAUGUAAACCAAGUGCCGUCUCAGUCACCUGAUCUCAACCCAAUUGAACACUUUUACGGGAGAUUCUGAAGCGGCGCCUUGAGACGGCGUUUUACACCGCCGCCAACAAAACACCAACUGGUGGAAUUUCUCCUGGAAUAAUGGUGUCGCAAGCCUCCCAACAGAGUUCCAGACACGUGUAGAAUCUAUGCCAAGGUGAAGCUGUUCUGGCUCGUGGUGGGCCAGCGUUCUAUUGACACGAUGUUGGUGUUGCUUUUAUUUUGCCAGUUACCUCUAUGUGCCCAUAACGUGCCAUUGGUUGGACAUGUGUAGUGCAGCCUUACCAUAGAGCCAUUAUUAACCCCUUGUAGCUGGAUAAUGCUGUUUAGCUACUUAGGUCAUAAGAUUGUACAAGAUUUUAAAACUUUUUCAGACAUUUAGCAGACGGCUCUU